GGACCGGAGGGAUUUAAAAUCUCGCGGGAAGGCUCUUUAUUAUUUGUCGCCGGCCCGGCUAAAUGAAUCAUUUAUUUGCUAUGCAAUUUUAUUAGAAAAAAACCACUUUGAUAAUAGGGUACCGGAAGUCCUCUUCUUUUCGCCGAAUUUCUUAUCCUUUACAACUCGUCAUAUCGGAAUAGGGUUUGGAAUACCGAGAGACAGAAUGUGGUCGCUAUGGGGACCAAAUAAUUUCUGCAGAGAAGAUAUUGUUUAUCGCGAAGUGUGAACGAGAACCGUAUUCUCGUGAAAUGGAUGAGCAAAGUGUGGAAUUCAUUUUACCAUCUUGGGAGGCAGAAGCUUUGAUAGAGAACCUGAAGCCUUCGAGUCUCCAUGAAAUCGGCACGAAGAAGUGGUUUGAAUACCACCAGAAGCUCAUGCUUCUGCAUCAGCAGAGUAUUUUAGAAAUUAGCACGUUGAGGGAGGAAACCGUUAAAGAGUGGUUCGUUAAUUUUCAGAAGAUUCCAAUUUUAAUUUACGAAGCAAUACAAAUAUCUCUGUGGAAGGAAACAGUAUUUCCCGUGAUGAUCGGCGCUAAGGGUGAGCCCUCCAACACGUUCAUGAUGUACAGUGUUUUUUAUCACGAGAGCAUUGUGGUGUCUCUUCUGGAGAACAUUGUCUUCCACUCCGACAGCGUGGAGACCCUAGAGGACUCGGCCCUCGACCUCAUCGACUACACCGUCAGCAAGGUGACGGAUUUAAUUUUUUCGGAAAAGGAACUGCAGGCUUCGCUCCCCGAAAACGCGACAUGUCUGGAGGAACUUAUUUUCAAACGAGGGGGAAUGGAGUUCGACAUUGCGAUGAAGUCUAUCUCGAUCCUCGCAUAUCUGGCCGGAUUCGUGGAGGGUCUUCCGCUCACAGUGAUCAAACGGCUACUGAGCACUCACGAUGUUCCCUAUUUAAUGACCAUACUGAUUGAGAAGAGACCCUGGAGGAAAAUAAGUCGAGAGGGAAUCGACGUGCUUUACAUGUCCUCUUGGGAGACAAUUAAAGAUAGUGAGAAGGAUAAAAUUUGCAAGAUUGAGGGACAGAUUUGGAUAGGGUUGAGGGAACUUUUGCUGAACCCCAAGUGCGCACCGUAUUAUCCAAUUAAUGAAUUCAGAAUAGCAGAAUUAUUGAAGUUGCAAAAACAUUUGCACGAACGAGUCUUGGAUCAAAUAGCUCCCCUUAUAGAUCUUCGGCGAUGGUUGAGUUACUUAACUGUGUCACCACCUAGCAACACCUCCAACCCCCCUAUCACAGUUGAAAUAAUCCCCCAGAUUCGAUCCUCGAUCCUGAAGAAAUAUCAAAAGAAGUGGAAGAAUAUUGCCAAGUCUCAGGGAGAGCUUUUCUACAACAAUGACAUCAAUCAUGUCAAGGGCUGCGCUGAUAUUCUCAGUGUUGCAUACGAUGUUGAUAAAAUGGUCGCCACUGCCGUCAGGCACUGCGCCUCGUGCUCCGAAAUUGCUACCAAGAAAUGCUCAAAAUGCAAAAGUGUUUGGUACUGUGGCAGAGAAUGUCAAGUGAAUGAUUGGCCUGGACACAAGAAUAAAUGCGAAGAAAUUUUGAAAUCCGAAGGCGCAGUGCAUUAAGAACAUUUAUGUAAAAUCUAAAUAAAAAUAAAAUUAUUUCC